AUGACCCUCGAAGAAAGCAUGGAACGAUUUUGGAAAACGGAGGAGCUGACUGUUUGUGAUAGUUAUUCCCUAGAAGAACGUCAUUGCGAGCAGGUUUACCAAUCCACUACCUCAAGGGACGAAAACGGUCGUUACAUCGUACGCUUACCAAAGAAAGCUGAUUUUGAUGCGAUGCUUGGAGAUUCCAAGAACAAUGCUCUUCGGCGUUACGAUCAGCUCGAACGUCGCCUUGAUCGUGACUUAAAAUUAAAAGAAGAAUACCACGCGUUUAUGAAGGAGUACCUCUCCCUCGGCCACAUGCGGCUAGUCGAGACGGACGACGGUACUAAACAUCCAACAUAUUAUUUGCCCCACCACCCCGUGAUGAAGGAGGAUAGUACUACCACAAAGGUUAGAGUCGUCUUUGAUGGUUCGGCUCGUACUUCCACUGGCUUCUCAUUGAACGAAGCACCGGUGGUCCAAGAUGACCUUCUUUCCCUCAUCCUGCGAUUUCGCACUUAUCCGGUUGCCCUUGUCGGAGACAUCGCUAAAAUGUACCGGCAAGUACAAGUGCAUCCAGAAGACCGAUCUCUGCAACGUAUUCUGUUCCGAUUCUCCAACGGUACUCCUGUCCAGAUUUACGAACUUCUGACCGUAACCUAUGGCCUAGCUCCUUCCUCCUAUCUAGCCACUCGCACUCUGCAGCAGCUUACGACGGAUGAAGGUGAUGCGUAUCCUAUGGCUGGACCGUCGUUGCGCAAAAAUUUCUAUGUCGAUGACUAUAUUGGAGGGGCUAAUUCCGUGGAAGAAGCAGUCCAGCUUCGAAUAGAGCUAUCUGAUCUGCUUAGCAAAGGAGGCUUCGAGCUAAGGAAGUGGACGUCGAAUCGCUUGGAGGUUCUUCAGGGGCUCGAACACAAUCAAAUCGGCACUCACCGGUGUUGA